AUAACACAUCCACUUUAUUCGCAAAUUACUGUAAUCUCCUCUUCUACAUUUACCUGCUUUCACGCAGGUUUUAUCUUACGAUUCUACUGACCGACAAAUCUAACGGCCGAAUCAGUUACAAAAUCCGUCUCUUUCCACCAAAAGUCUGACGCUUUGCCCCCCUCGGCUGGUCCGAGGUCCCCAAACAAUCGCAAUCCCCUCCAUCCACCAGUCCUCCGAGAGCAGCAACGUAAAUACACAAAACAAUACAAAGUCUGCUCAAAUUCAACGACAUCCCUAACGACCGCGAACAUACUUUACAACAAUGACCGACAAGACCAGCAUGAGCACCCCAUCCCCUCGCCGCGCGAGCUUCACGUCCUCCGAAUUCGUACUUUCCCGACGGCAAUGGAUCGUCGAAACACCCCUUCCCUCAAGCAGCGUGGCCGUACACAACCUCUCCUUCUCCGCGCCCAUCGCACACGACGCAUGGGGUCGCAAAGCCGUCAAGCCGCAGCCCGUCUUAGUAUCCGUCAAAAUCGGACUCAACAACAAGGGUUUCGGGAGCGCCGCGUCCAGCGACACCGUGGACUCGAGCACUGUCCACUACGGCAUUCUUUCCAAGAACCUACUUGCUGCAAUCGAGCACGAAUGGCAGGGACCCCGCGGCGACGAACUGACAUGGCUGCCCAUGUCGCGGCUUCUCCAAGUAAUCUAUACCACUGUCGGCGCGAUCGUGCCUCAUCCGCCCACACUCCAGACGGUUGAGAUCACCGUCUCUCUACCCAAAGCGAGCCUGCUGGGUUCGAGCUGCGGGGCGUGGCAUUGCACCGCGGCGCUGUCGAAAAAGUUCACGCUCGGCUUAUUCGUCAGGGAUAUCAAGCUGCCUUGUCUGAUCGGCGUGAACCCCAACGAGCGGCUGCGCAAACAGAGCCUGCUGACCACGGUGGAAGUCGAGCCCGUGUUUGAUGGCGAGGUGCUUGAGAAGGCGGAUGCUUUGGAAACAGUCGUCGUGCAGACGAUAGAGGCUGCGAAGCCCGAGACGCUGGAGACCCUGUUGGGUCUUAUCGCGAGGAAUAUCUUUAUUAGAUUUAUUUUCCCCUUCUCGAGAGGAUCCAGAUUACGCAUUGCGAUUGCGAAACCCUCGGCUGUCCCAUCGGCCGAUGCCCCUGUGGUUGAAGUCCAUCAUGGCACGCCAGAAGAUGAUGAGUUUGUGAAAAAGUGUUGGAGUGAUUAUCAAUUUUAGUUUCUCGUUAUCAUUUACCUUUUGAUCGGUGCCACUUGUCAACAGCAUUUACCUCUUUUUAUGGGUGUCACUUGAUGUUUAAAUCCAUAUAUCCGCAUCAAGUCUUCAAUCCUUCUCAAAAUAGCGUGCAAAUCUCUUUCACCUCUCUAGCAAAGCAAACGCACAGUUUUUACCUCAUUCUAACAAUCACAAUGCGGCUAUUUUCUUUUCCGUUCUGGCCCAAUAUAGCUGCCGCAUUGUAACACUUGACACGGGAUGUGACAACAAAGUAACAAAUUGACCGUCCAUGUAUCACUGAGAAUGCUGAUUAAUUUUUUAAAAAAGAGAAAAAGACAGGGAACACUCAGCAUGGUGUCACUGCAUCUUUUAUACUAAGCAGA